AUGUUUAUGCUAAUAUCAGUUGGCAUUAUAUUUGCUCCAAUUAUUUUAUUUGCUCAAAGAAGUCAAUUCGAAGUAGACUGUCCACGACUAUGCCGAUGUAACAAAACAACAAUAGAAUGCUAUGAUACUCGACUUGAAGGCAAUGAAAUGUUCCGCAAUAUCCGUCCAGAAGCUUAUCCAGAUUUAGAUACUAUUACUAUUACCGGUAAUAUUAUCGGAGAUCUUGCUGGUUGGAAUAUUUUUGGUGAUAAUGUCACCAAUCACUAUGUAUCUCUUCUUAAUUUAUCAGAUAAUGCUAUUAGUUCUAUUGAUUCAUACACGUUUCGUGGUUUACCUUCCGUGGAAUAUCUUUACUUGCAUAAUAAUGCUAUUGAGCGAAUUGGUGCUGAUCCAUUC